GGGGGCGGAGCCUAUUCUUUAGCCUUAGGGCCUCUACCAGUGCCAGCUCCACCCGCCUCACCUGCGUGUCACGUGCGCUGUGCUGCUUGCUGGGCCCCUGAGGGCGGAUCCCAGGCGUCGUGGGUCUUCCAGGAUAUUUUACUUCAAAUAAAGAACAUGGUGAAACUGAUUCACACAUUAGCUGAUCAUGAUGAUGAUGUCAACUGCUGUGCCUUCUCUGCUUCCCUCUUGGCCACUUGCUCCUUGGACAAAACAAUUCGCCUGUACUGCCUGAGUGACUUUACUGAACUGCCACACUCUCCAUUGAAGUUUCACACCUAUGCUGUCCACUGCUGCUGCUUCUCCCCUUCAGGACAUAUUUUGGCUUCGUGUUCAACAGAUGGUACCACUGUCCUGUGGGAUACUCAGAAUGGACAGAUUUUGGCGGUGAUGGAGCAGCCCAGUGGUAGCCCUGUGAGGGUUUGCCGGUUUUCCCCAGACUCCUCUUGUUUGGUGUCAGGGGCGGCAGAUGGAACGGUUGUUUUGUGGAAUGCACAGACAUACAAGUUAUAUAGAUGUGGUAGUGUUAAGGAUGGCUCCUUGGUGGCCUGUGCAUUUUCUCCUCAUGGAAACCUCUUUGUCACUGGCUCUUCAUGUGGAGAUUUAACAGUGUGGGAUGAUAAAAUGAGGUGUCUGCAUAAUGAAAAAGCACACGAUCUUGGAAUCACAUGCUGCGAUUUUUCUCCACAACCAGUUUCUGAUGGAGAACAAGGUCUUCAGUUUUUCCGAUUGGCAUCAUGUGGUCAGGAUUGCCACAUGAAAAUUUGGAUGGUUUCUUUUACCCAUAUUUUAGGUUUUGAAUUAAAAUAUAAAAGUACACUGAGUGGGCACUGUGCUCCUGUUCUGGCUUGUGCUUUUUCUCACAAUGGGCAGAUGCUAGUCUCAGGAUCAGUGGAUAAGUCUGUCAUUGUGUAUGAUACUAAUACUGAGAAUAUACUUUACACCUUGACUCAGCACACCAGGUACGUCACAGCUUGUGCCUUUGCACCCAGUAUCCUUUUACUUGCUACUGGUUCAAUGGACAAAACAGUGAACAUUUGGCAGUUUGACCCAGGAGCACUUUGCCAAGCAAGGAUCCCAGAAGAUCAACCAGAGCAAUUUGUCGAAGAUUGGUCAGAGGACGCCGUCUCAGACUGGCUUUGUGCACAAGGUUUAAAAGACCUCGUUGAUAUUUUCAAAAUGAAUAAUAUUGAUGGAAGAGAACUGUUGAAUCUUACAAAAGAAAGUCUGGCUGAUGAUUUGAAGAUUGAAUCUCUAGGGUUGCGGAGUAAAGUUCUGAGGAAAAUUGAAGAGCUCAGGAAAAAGGUGAAAAUCCUUUCUUCUGGAAUUCCUGAUGAAUUUAUAUGUCCAAUAACUAGGGAGCUUAUGAAAGAUCCUGUCAUUGCAUCAGAUGGCUAUUCAUAUGAAAAGGAAGCGAUGGAAAAUUGGAUCAGCAAAAAGAAACGUACGAGUCCCAUGACAAAUCUUGUUCUUCCUUCAGUGGUACUGACGCCAAAUAGGACUCUGAAAAUGGCCAUUGAGCGAUGGCUAGAGACACAUCAAAAAUAAAACUUUAUAUUAUAUCAUGUUA